UAUUAGGUGCCACCGCUAACCCUAGCCCCUCAGACGGCUCCCCCUUCCGCCGCCGAUCCACCACCCAACUAACCGCCGCCGCCGCCGCCGGCGAAAUGCGCACCACCGCGCCCUCCUCGAAGGCCGCCACGUUCCUUCCCCUCUCGGCCUCGGCCCCGACCUCGCCGCCUCCACGCCGCCGGCUUCGUCCCCCUCGAAGCCCGCCGCGCCGUGUCGACGACGUCGAUCCCCUCCCCAACCACCGCGACGACGCUUCGCUCUCCUCCUCCGCCGCCGGCGGCGGCGGAAUGCGCGUUGCCGCGUCCUCCUCGAAGGCCAGCGCGACCACCACCACCUUGCCCACCGGCUCUGGCCCUCCGCGGCGCCUCCAGGUUCGCCCUCCUCGAAGCCCGCCGCGCCGAGUCGAUCCCCUCCCUGACCACCGCGACGCUUCGACCUCCUCCCCGCCCGCCGCCGCCGCCGCCGCGGCGUCGCCACCCUGGGCAGCCGCGCCGCGCCGGCCCCGCUGGCCGCGCGGCGUGGCCCUCCUCGCGAGCGCCGCCGCGUCUUCUUCUUCCCCGGCUGCCACUGCUCCUCAGCAGGCGGUGUCUAGAGAUGAACAAGAUUCAUUGCCAACAUCAUCACCUCAACCAGAUGUACGAGAUUCGCAGCCAGCAUUAUCACCUCAACCAGAUGAACCGAGGCCAGAGAAGCGAAAGCGAGGUGGCCGAGGUCGAAAUAAAAUGCCCAAGGGUCGAUACACCAUCACUCAUGUCACUGACGAUGGUCAGCCUAUGUUGCCUAAGACUGCAGUGUCAGCAUUCCGGAGAGCAUGCAGUGUAAUUGGAAGGUCAAAGAUCAAAAUAACCUACAAGGACUGGAAAAAAGUACCAAACACUGAGAAAACGGUACUAUGGGAGACUAUGAAAGGAAUGUUUGAGAUCCCUGAAAGUGCCCAUGACAGUGUGCAAAGACAAGCAUUGCUUAAGAUUGGCAAGGUAUGGAAGAACUUCAAGAGUGAGCUUUACAAGAAAUACGUGAAGCAAGAUCGGACACCCUUCCAUGACAAGGAACUCGCACACUUGCGGGAUCAAUGGAAUGAGUUUGUACAGAGAUGCCAGACGCCAGAAUUUCUGCAUCAGAGUGAGGUAAACAAGGCUCUCUCGGCAUGCAAUACUCAUCCUCACAGACUGGGCACUGGUGGCUAUGUGGGCAAAUCCUUUCAAUGGGCAAGGGAGGAUGAGGAAGCAGCUCAGCUGAGUCGGCCCACUCCAUUUGCAGACAUCCCAGUACAGCGGGCUCGGAAUUGGGUACGGGCAAGGGCAAUCACCACUUCUGAUGGCAGCAUCUCCUUUGCAAAUACCGAGACUGAGCAGGUUGCUCAAAGGGUCCAACAACUUGCCGAAGAAUCUCUUCAAGGGUCUUUUCAGUCAUGUAGAGAAAAGGACAUACUAACUGAGGCCCUAGGAACCAAAGAACACCCAGGUCGCACACGAGGCCUCGGAGCUACAGUUCCAUGGAAGGCGGGAUUCACUGACAAUUCUGAUUUGUACAAGAAACACAGGAGAAGCAAAGGCGAGUGUGAAGAAACCAACGUAGCACAGCUCAAAAAGGAGAUAUAUGAUGAAUUAGCAGCAAAAAUAGAUAGUGAAGUUGAAGAGAGAUUACAGCAGGCCCUUAAUCAGAGGUCGGUAGCCUCCCCCGUGGAACCCAGCCCCAACACAAUUCAGGACUCGGUAGUCUCCCCCGUCCCCGUCGAACCCAGCCCCAAUACGAAUCAGGGUAACUGUGGGGCUGUUGCACAUUCUCACCCUGGUGGCAGCAUUAUCCAUGAUAGGUAUCCUGUUGAUGACAUCGAGGAACAUACAAAGUGCAAGAUCCAGGUGGCUAUCGGUGUAGGCACUAAUUUCAUCAUUGAUGCUGGUGAGGGUACUGCAUAUCCAUGCAGUGAAGAUCCAUGGGUUCAAGGUGUGCCGCUAGCAGAGGGUUAUGGAAAGGUGCGAGUGAACAUGGUAUAUCCAAAUUUCACUGCAUUCCCAUUGCCUCUACCCCCAAACGAAGAGAUCAUGACACUAGGGCAGGCCCUCCGCAAAUGUAUCCAGUGGCCAAAGAAGGACAUCACUUUAUCAACCUAAUUAGUAUUUUCUGGCCUUUAUAAUUUAUCUAUGCAUUGCACUGACCUUUGUCUGUAUUGCUCACAUGGUGCGUGCAGAUAGGAUGGUUGAUGUUGAUCUUUUGAACCUCUAUGGCAUUCGAUGCCAUUAAUUAUGUGUAUUGUCUCAAUUGGAUAGUAGAUGAUACUUGCGCUGCUUCCUCCUU